AUGAAACGUUCAAACUUAAUAGCUCUCGAGCUAAGACUAAGCAGAACUGUCUGGGAUGCAGUAUACGAAGCAGAAGACGUUGAUGACAAAGUCUCAAUUUUCAAUGGAGUUAUUAGUCAAGGUCUAGACGGUUGUAUGCCUCUGAAAUCCAUACGCCUACAUCCCACGGAUAAACCUUGGAUGACUCCGAACAUUAAAGCAAAGAUUAAGCUUAGACAACGGGCUUUUACUCGUGGCAACAUGUCCCAGUAUAAUCUGCUAAGUGCACAAGUAGACAUGAUUAGGAAAGCCAAAUCAAAUUACUAUCAAAAUAAAGCUAAAACAUUCCGCACAUCUGACCCUGCGAAAUGGUACAAGCAAUUUAUAAUCUGUCCGGA